AUGGCCGACAACCCUAUUUGGAAGGCGACGAAGCCGUUUGUGAAUGGCGGCCUUAGUGGCAUGGCGGCUACAUGCAUCAUUCAGCCCAUUGACAUGGUCAAAGUUCGCAUCCAGCUGGGAGCCAAGGGUGGCCCGAUUACUGUGGCCAAGGACAUCAUCGCCAAGGACGGCUUUGGCUCCCUUUACAAGGGCCUCAACGCUGGCCUCCUGCGCCAGGCCACCUACACCACCGCGCGCCUGGGCAUCUUCUCCAUCAUUUCCGAGAAGGCCAAGGAGUACAAUAAGGGCAAGCCCAUCCCCCUGUGGCAGAAGGCCGCGUGCGGCCUGACUGCCGGCGGCCUGGGCGCGCUCGUCGGCACCCCUGCGGAUCUCACCCUCAUCCGCAUGCAGGCCGACAGCACCCUGCCUGUGGAGCACCGGCGCAACUACAAGGGCGUGACUGACGCCAUGACGCGCAUCGUGAAGGAGGAUGGCGUGGGGGGCCUGUUCCGCGGCGGCGGCCCCACUGUUGUGCGCGCUAUGGCGCUCAACAUGGGCAUGCUCGCGUCCAACGACCAGGCCAAGGAGAUGCUGGAGGCUGCGGGCUUUGAGAAGGGCGGCCAGGUGGCCGUCAUUGGCAGCGCCACCAUCGCGGGCUUCUUUGCCAGCGUGUGCUCGUUGCCCUUCGACUUCAUCAAGACGCGGCUGCAGAAGAUGACGCCCAACCCCGACGGCUCCAUGCCCUACAAGGGCCCCGUCGACUGCGCGGCGCAGACGCUGCGCAAUGAGGGUCCCCUCGCCUUCUACACCGGCUUCCCCACCUUCUUUGCUAGGAUUGCCCCUCACGUCGUCUUCACCCUGGUGUUCCUGGACGCCUUGCCGAAAAUCCAGAAGCAGUAUGUGCGUAAGCUGGGCUUUGCGCACCUCUGCUCCUUCUACUGGCUGACUUUCGCGGCGUUCUUUGUGCCGGCGGUGGCUUUGGAGCUGGGCCAUGGAUCUGGGCUGUUUGGCGGCAAGGGCGCAACGGGUGGCAGCGCGCGCGCCGGGCGUGAUUAUGCGCGGUUCAGGGACAACUACCUCGUCGUGUUCGCUCUGAUGAUGGCGGGUGACUGGAUGCAGGGGCCUUACAUCUACCACCUGUACGAGCACUACGGCUUCUCAGUCCGCGACAUAGGGCGGCUCUUCAUCAUGGGCUUUGCCAGCAGCGCGGUCUUUGGCACUGUCGCGGGCGCACUCGCAGACAAAUACGGCCGCAAGCGUGCGUCCCUGCUGUACGUGCUGACCUACUCGGCCUCCUGCGCCACCAAGCACUCGUCAAGCUACGACGUGCUGCUCCUGGGCCGCCUGCUGGGGGGGGUGUCCACCAGCCUGCUGUUCAGCGUCUUCGAGGCCUGGGCCGUGGCGGCGCACUUGAACCGCGGCUUCGACGAGUCACUGCUGGCUGACCUGUUCACCAGGGCGGUGAUGCUGGGCAACGGGAUCAUGGCCAUCGCCUCAGGCCUGGUCGGCAGCUGGCUGGUGCAAGGCCUGGGGCUGGGGCCCGUGGCGCCUUUCGAUGCAGCUAUACUGGUGAUGCUGGUGGGCGGUGCUAUUGUGGCUUGCACAUGGGACGAGAACCGCGGCGCUGCUGGGGAAGAGGGGGGUGGCAGCCUGACUCGACAAUUCUACUGUGCAGCAGUGACGAUAGCAAAAGACGAGCGUGUGGCGCUGCUGGGAGUGAUGCAGGCGCUGUUCGAGGCAUCCAUGUACACGUUUGUGUUCCUGUGGACACCGGCCCUCAACCCUCACACCUACGUGCCAGCCGUCCACACAUCCCCGGACGCCUCUGCCGCCCUCAGCACCGCAACUAUGCGUGCCCUCGCACCAGACGGCCGCUCGCUCGCGUCUGCGGGGGCCGCCCUUUCAGCCGAAGGCGGGGGCGGCUCCAGCCCCCAGCUGCCCCACGGCCUAGUGUUUGCUAUCUUCAUGACGGCAUCGAUGGUGGGCACAGCGCUGGCGGGGCGGCUGAUGGCCACAUGGCGGCUUGAGGUGGUGCUGCAGGGUGUGUUCUGGGCGGGCGCCGCGCUGAUGUCCGUCCCUGUGAUGUACCACACGCGUGUGGCAGACCACGCCUUACCCAGGGACGUCUUCGAAGGCGAAACGCACCCCCUUGAGGCACACCACCAGGGGAGCCCCUCGCCAGGGUUGGCGGGCGCCGAUCUGCCCCCGGCGCAGCUGGAUGCCGGCGGACGGGUGCAGCUGCUGGCGUUCUGCGGCUUUGAGGUGGACGGCCUGGGUGUCGGCUGGGGCGAGGGAGCGGUGGACGCGUCAGACUGCACGUAG